UGUUUCUACAUUGCUUGCCUUCUUCCUCUCGACUCUAUUUUGCUUUUCGGACAAAUCUUCGAAGAAAUCGGUUCAGUUCUCAAUUCUUCACCAGCUGAAUUCUAGAAUUUUGUAAGUUUUCCUUCAUUUUCCCUCCAUUUUCUUCAGAAUCAUUUCGAUUUCGGUUUUCUUCUUCGUUUUCCCCUCCCUCUUUCGCCCUCCAAUUUGUAACCAAUGGAGAUGGCUAUGGAGUUGGAAGAUUCGUUCUCGAACGUUUUGCUUUCCUUUGCCUGCGUCUUGCUCGCCGAAGAUGGAAGGACUCCGCGGUUUUCGAUCAAUCCAUUACGAAGCACGCUACGAAUAUGUAUACCUUCGCCUUUUUAAGUUUUCUUUAGGGUUUCUUUAAUUUCUUAGCUUUUGGAUGUGCUCUGGUCUGCAUCUUCGAGGAUUCUCUUUCGAUUCUGGGCAUAUUUGUUGAUUUUCUUUCAAUUUGAAGAUUGAUUGUUCUUGUUGGUUGACUCCUCGAAGUUUUCUUCGUCGGUGAGGUUUCUUCGUUCUUAUUGCCAAACCUAACAUAGGCUCCUGCUUUUGGUUCUUUUCGAAUAGAAGAUAAGCUGUUGUUUCUCUUCUCUCUUUCAUUGAAGACUACUACGGAAUUCUACCGUGAAACUCGGCCCUUUUUUAACGAAUUUUUUAAUUUGAAAAUUUUAAUUCAAGCUCUUCAGUGAGAGUUAUUGAAUGGCUCGAAGGAUGGAGUUGGGGUUCCCGAAGUCUGCUUCAUAUAGUCUUCGAGAACAAGCUGCUAGAACGAUUCUACGCAAUGUAAGGUCACAAGGGCACACAUACGUUGAGCUACGAGAAGAUGGGAAAAGGUUUAUUUUCUUCUGUACUUUGUGUCUUGCACCAUGUUAUAGUGAUUCAGUGCUCUUUAACCACCUGAAGGGCACUCUUCACACUGAAAGAUUAUCGGCUGCUAAGCUGACUCUCUUAGGACCAAAUCCGUGGCCUUUUGAUGAUGGUGUUCUUUUCUUCCAUAAGCCAGUUGAAGGAGAUAACCAGGUUGGGAUGUCAAAUGACAAUCAUGAAAGGUUGUUGGAGUAUCACAACAAUGAUAACAAUCUUGCGAUUGUCAGGUAUGUUGGAAAUUCGAAAGGCAAUGGCAAUGGACAUGAUGAGUUUAAUGGAAAUGUAAGGAACAUGGAAGAUUGUUCCUUCGAGAAUGUGAACGAUGGUGGAGAUGGGGGUCAUUUGGUGAUUCCUGGUGUACUGAUUAAGGAAGAAAUUUCUGAUAUAAAAGUGAGGGAGUUGGGUUAUGGACAAAUCGCUGCUAGGCUCACUGAAAAGAAUGGGAUCUUUUCUGGAGUUAGCAGAAUAUGGUGUGAAUGGCUGGGUAAAGUAAAUGUCGGGAUUGACAAUAAGGUCAAAGUUCCUGAACAUAAUUAUGCUAUUGUUACUUUCACUUAUAAUGUUGAUUUAGGUAGAAAGGGCUUGCUUGAUGAUGUCAAAUUAUUGCUCUCAUCAAGUCCUGGAGCUGAAUCACAGAAUAAUGAGAACUGUCGAGUGAAAAGAAAGAUAUCUUUCUCUGAUCCUGAGGAUGCUAGUCAGUCUAUAAGCCAUCAAUAUGAUUCGUCUGGUGAAGAUUCCUCAGCUUCUAAUAGUGUCACGUCAUCGCUGUUGCUGGAUACAUAUGAUGAUCAAAUUUUGAGUAAAACAAUAAUGUUGAAUAAAGCAGUAAGGCGUGAGCUGAGAAGGCAACAGCGUUUAGCUGCAGAGCGGAUGUGUGAUAUCUGUCAACAGAAGAUACUUACUCAUAAAGAUGUAGCAACACUUUUGAACAUGAAAACUGGAAGACUUGCCUGCAGUAGUCGAAAUGUUAAUGGGGUGUUUCAUGUAUUUCAUACCUCUUGCCUUAUACACUGGAUACUUCUCUGUGAGUAUGAGAUUAGUGUGAAGGAUCUAGGUGGUCCAAAAGUUAGACGAAGGUACAGGAGAAAGAAAAAGGCUAAGGGCAGCAAACACAGCAAGGACUGUGAAACGAGACAAAUAAAAACCCAAAUUGAUUCUGUUUUCUGCCCUGCAUGCCAGGGUACUGGUAUAAUUGUUGAUGGGGAUGACCUAGAGAAACCAACCAUCCCUCUUUCUGAGAUCUUUAAAUACAAAAUAAAGGUGAGUGAUGCCCGAAGAGCGUGGAUGAAAAGUCCCGAGGUUCUGCAGAAUUGUUCGACAGGUUUCCAUUUCCCUUAUCAACCUGAUGAAACCAUACAGGAAAAUGUGAAACAUCUCAAGUUGCUGCAUUUUUAUGGAGCUUUUGUAUAGAAAGUACCUUCAAAUUCGUAGGUUGGAACAGUAGGCUUCAAUCAUGCGCUGAAGCGUACAGUAGGUAGGUCUUGCUUUCUUAAUAGCUACUGGACAAACUUUUGAACAUUCAUGGUCAUUGUAAAUGAAAUGUCCACAAGUCCCGUAAAUAUUAUGAAGAUUGAAGGGCGUGGGAGGAGUAUCUUGAUAUAUAUAUAAUUGUCCUUAACUAGUUUUUUUUUUUUUUUUGGGUUGCAUUUAAAUCAAACUUUGAAACUUCCUUGUAUGUCAAUAUUACUGGAUCACAUCUCACAA